AUUGGAAAUCAAUAUAUAGUGCUGCAUGAUGCAAUUGAUGCAUUAUGGACUACAUAGAAUUCUUUCCCCUCUAAUUCAAAAGAAAUUUAUUAUUGAUGAGCCUUUAGGAUGAUUCUAUUUAUAUUGUGUCUCUUAAUGCAAGUAUUUUUAAUACGUAUAAAUUAUCAUAAUUUAAAAGCUCGUCGGUGGAUCAUAAAAGUUAAUGGACAAGAAACUAAUCUAAUUACAUCAAACGAUGUAAUUGAUGGAAGAAUAAUUGAGGUAAGAAAACUUUAUUAUAUACGCGUAUAUUUUUAUUGCAUUUUUAUAUACUGUAUAUAAAUACAAACAUUCAUUAUUUUAAAUGUUAUACUUAACUUUAUACAUCAUCUGAUUAUUUAUUAUUUUCA